AUGCCUAAAAGGGAAAGUUCUACAUUUGAUAAAUUGUACAAAAUUCGCCCAAUGAUAGACCAUUUAAAUAAUGUUUAUUGUACAAGUUUUUCUCCUGAUAGGAAUUUAAGUUGUGAUGAGAGUAUGGUUGGAUUUAAAGGGCGGUCUGGAAUUAAGCAAUAUAUGCCAAUGAAACCAGUAAAAAGAGGAUUUAAGAUAUGGGCUAUAUGUUGUGCAAUAACUGGUUACUUACUUAAAUUUAUUAUAUAUGAAGGAAAAAAAGAUUCUAAGGAAAAAGGAUCUCUAGGUGAAAAGACAGUACUGGAAAUGACUAAUAACUAUCAAGAUAAAGGAUAUUGUGUAUUUUUUGAUAGAUUUUUUUCCAGCAUAAAUCUUGUUUCAGAAUUACUAAAAAGAAAAAUAUUUGCUUGUGGAACUAUGUUACAAAAUAGAAAAUAUUUUCCUAAAACUUUAUUAAAAGCAGAUAAAGCUCUUAGUAUGGGUGAUUAUGAUUUUGCUUCAUCAGGAGAAAUUUCAGUAUAUAAGUGGAUGGACAGAGGGAAAAAACCUGUAGUUGUAGUAUCAUCUAUUCAUAAGGGAGAAGAUAUUACAGUUGUUAAGAGAAAAAAUAAUGUUGGUAUUAGAGAAGAUGUUAAAUGUCCUAAAAGUAUUGCUGACUAUAAUAAGUGUAUGGGUGGAGUUGAUCAUUUUGAUCAACUACUAGAAUGCUACAAUAUAACUUGGAAGUCUCGAAGAUGGUGGAUGAAGCUCUUUUAUUAUUUUUGUGAUGCCACUAUUGUUAAUUCAUAUAUAAUGUAUACUACAACUGUUAAACUAACCUCAAACAGAGAGAAACCUUUGACUCAUUUAAUGUAUCGUUCUUUAUUAGCUGAUGAGUUAAUCGGGCAAUUUUGUAACAGAAAAGCUUCUUUACCUAAAAAAGUUAUCCCUUCAACUAAAAGAAAGCCCACAGAUGUUGGAAGGGGCCGUAUUAUAUUAGCAGGAAAUAAUAGCAGACUCCAAAAUGUGGGUAAUCACAUGCCUAUUGCUGGAAAAUAUAAUCGCUGUAGGCUUUGUAGUACUAAAAAAGAUGUAAAAAGAUCAAAAAUCCACUGCCGGGAAUGUGAGGUUGCUCUUUGCUUGGAUUGUUUUUUGCCUUUUCAUUCACAAUGA